AUGUACUGCCACGCGGUUGGCGGCGUGCACCCGCGCGUCGCACGACGCGCACAGGUACGCCGCGUCGGCGUGGCAGUACACCACGCUGGGCGCCGCGCGGCACCCGUCGCAGGGCCUGGCCCAUGCCGGGCCUUCCCCGCCGGCUACUGUGACAACCACAUCAACAGCAACCCAAAACAGUACGGGAUGCAAGAGCAGCAGCAGCAGCAGCUGCUGCUGCAAAAGGAAUUUGAAGAGAAGGAGGGAAGCGAGUACAUGGUGCCUUCAGAGGUCGCGAUGGCCAAUGAGCAGCAGCAGCAGAGUGGCUAUGGAGUUCCUGGGGCAGCGCAGGCUGCCUCCAUGACUGCCGGGGUCAGUGCUUACACAGAUUCCAUCAGUAACAGCAUAUCUUUCUCAUCAUCAAUGGAGGUGGGUAUAGUACCAGGCAACAUGGCAGCAACAGACAUGCCAAACUCCGGCAUCCUGCUGACACCUGCUGGAGCCAUCAGCCUCUUCUCGUCAGGUCCUUCGCUUCAGAUGCCACUUCACUUGACCUCCAUGGACAAAGAGGCCAGGGUCCUCAGGUACAAGGAGAAGAAGAGGAAUAGAAAGUUUGAGAAGACCAUACGUUAUGCGACGAGGAAGACAUAUGCAGAAGCACGGCCGAGGAUCAAGGGGCGCUUCGCCAAAAGAUCUUCUGAUAUGGAAAUCGAAGUGGACCCGAUGUUCUCAACUGCAGCACUGUCGUGUGGGGGUAGCUAUGGUACCGUUCCAUGGUUCUGA